AUGUUGAAGAUCUUUUGCCAGAGGAAAGAGAAAAGCAUUCAAGAUCUCUUGCCAGAGGAAAGCAUUCAAGAUCUCUUGCCAGAGGAAAGAAUUCAAGAUCUCUUGCCAGAGGAAAGAAUUCAAGAUCUCUUGCCAGAGGAAAACGUUCAAGAUCUCUUGCCAGAGGAAAGCAUUCAAGAUCUCUUGCCAGAGGAAGGCGUUCAUGAUCUCUUGCCAGAGGAAAGCAUUCAAGAUCUCUUGCCAGAGGAAGGCGUUCAUGAUCUCUUGCCAGAGGAAAGCAUUCAAGAUCUCUUGCCAGAGGAUCUCUUGCCAGAGGAAGGCGUUCAUGAUCUCUUGCCAGAGGAAAUUGUUCAAGAUCUCUUGCCAGAGGAAAGCAUUCAAGAUCUCUUGCUAGAGGAAGGCGUUCAUGAUUUCUUGCCAGAGGAAAUUGUUCACGAUCUCUUGCAAGUGGAAAGCAUUCAAGAUCUCUUGCCAGAGGAAAUCAUUCAAGAUCUCUUGCCAGAGGAAAUCUUCAAGUACUCUGCCAGAAGGAAAACGUUCAAGAAUCUCUUGCCAGACGUUCAAGAUCUUCUUGCCAGAAAAGGGAAAUCAAUUCAAGAUCUCUUCCAAGAAAGGAAAACGUUCAAGAUCUCUUGCAGAGGAAAACAAUUUUCAAGAUCUUCUUGCAAGAGGAAAAUUCAUUCAGAUCUGGCAGAGGAAAAUUCAUUCAAGAUCUCUUGGCCAGAGGAAAACGUCAGAUCUCUUGCCAAGAGGAAAACGUCAAGGACUUCUUGCAGAGGAAAUUCAUUCAAGAUUCUCUUGCCAGAGGAAAAAACGUUCAAGAUUCUUGCCAAGAGGAAAACGUUCAAGAUCUCUUGCCAGAAGGAAAAUAUUCAAGAUCUCUUGCCAGAGGAAAACGUUCAAGAUAUCUUUCCGAGGGAAACAUUCAAGAUCUCUUGCCAGAGAAUCUUCAAUGUCUCUUGCCAUAGGAAAUCAUUCAAGACAAUCUCGUUGCCAGAGGAAAACGUUCAAGAUCUCUUGCCAGAGGAAAACAUUCAAGAUCUCUUGCCAGAGGAAAUCAUUCAAGAUCUCUUGCCAGAGGAAAUCAUUCAAGAUCUCUUGCCAGAGGAAAACGUUCAAGAUCUCUUGCCAGAGGAAAUCAUUCAAGAUCUCUUGCCAGAGGAAAACGUUCAAGAUCUCUUGCCAGAGGAAAACGUUCAAGAUCUCUUGCCAGAGGAAAACGUUCAAGAUCUCUUGCCAGAGGAAAGAAUUCAAGAUCUCUUGCCAGAGGAAAUCAUUCAAGAUUUCUUGCCAGAGGAAAACGUUCAAGAUCUCUUGCCAGAGGAAAACGUUCAAGAUCUCUUGCCAGAGGAAAACGUUCAAGAUCUCUUGCCAGAGGAAAUUGUUCAAGAUCUCUUGCCAGAGGAAAACGUUCAAGAUCUCUUGCCAGAGGAAAUCAUUCAAGAUCUCUUGCCAGAGGAAAUUGUUCAAGAUCUCUUGCCAGAGGAAAACGUUCAAGAUCUCUUGCCAGAGGAAAACGUUCAAGAACUCUUGCCAGAGGAAAUUGUUCAAGAUCUCUUGCCAGAGGAAAUCGUUCAAGAUCUCUUGCCAGAGGAAAGCAUUCAAGAUCUCUUGCCAGAGGAAAUUGUUCAAGAUCUCUUGCCAGACGAAAACAUUCAAGAUCUCUUGCCAGGGGAAAGUCUUCAAGGGGAAAGUGUUCAAGAACUCUUGCCAGAGGGAAGCGUUCAAGAUAUCUUAAAAGAUGGGAGCAUUCAAAAUCCAUUGCCAGAGGAAAGCGUUCAAGAUCUCUUGCUAAAGUGA